AUGAGAAAAAGAGAUACAUGGUUAUUAUUAGUUAGUAUUUUAGUUGUAUUUAUUUCUUUGUAUAGACAAAAAGAUUAUAAAUUAAACUUGUUAUUAGAAAUACCAAUUGAUACAAACAAUUAUGAAAAUUCUCAUUAUCCAAAAAUAAAUGAAUUUUUACCAUUACCAAUUAUUACAGAUUUAAAUGGAGAUGGGUUCAAUGAAAUUAUAUAUGUUACAAAUGAUUUUAAAAUCCGAAUUUUAGAUACAGUUACACCAAAUAAUAUAGAGAAAUUUAGAUUUGGUGUAAAUGUAAAUGAAAAUGAAAAUGAAAAUGAAAAUGAUAAUGACCAAAAUAGUUUACUUGAAUUACCAGUUUUAUAUGAAUCAUCAUUAUUAUCGGAUGUUGGUUUAGCAACUGGUAGAAGACCAAUUGCAAUUAAAACUGGUUAUGCAAAACAUUCAAUUCCGGGUGAAAGGAGACAACAAAUUAUAGUAGUAGUUACAGAUGGUUGGGCAGUAUUAUGUUUUGAUAAUAAAUUAAAAAAAUUAUGGGAAAGUUAUGCUUCUGAUGAAGUUUUACCUGGUCAUUAUCAAUCUGAAAUAUCAAUUACAAUUUUACCAACAACAAUACCAGAUGAUAAAGGUAUUGUAAUUAUUGGUGGAAGAAUGGAACCAUUACCAGGUGUAAUUCAUAAACCACAUUAUAGUAUACCAAUGUUUGGAGAAAAAGUUGAAACUGAUAAAGAUCAUGACCAUAAAAGAGAUGAUGACCAUGAUAGUUUUACAGCUCAUCGUGAAGAAAAUCAUUUCUCUUAUUUUUCAUAUGAUUGUAAAGAUGGUUAUAAAAGAUGGAGUCAUGAAGAAAAUGAUUUCAAACCUGAAAAUCCACAUACAACUGAAGAACAUAAAAAAGAUUCUGAUAUAUCAUUGCAUAGUUUUAAACAACAUAUUUUUAGUCAAUUAGAACAUUUAGGUGAAGUCGAUUGGAAAACUUAUAGAGAUUCAAUUUUAGCAUCAUUACCACACAAAUGGUCAAGUAAUUUUGAUACAAAACUUGAACCAAGACAUUUUGAAAAGAAAAUAAAUACAAUUAGAGGUACUACAAAUAAUGAUGGUACAAAUGUUAUAAAUGGUUUAAUUGGUUCAUCAAAUACAUUAAAUAAUGAAAUGAUUGAAUUUUAUUCAAAGAAUUUUGAUACAUUUUCAAUAUUAUCAAAAAAAGAUCAAAUUUCAUUUAAAAGUCAACAUAUAGAGAAUCCAAAUGUUAUAGUUACACAUCAUAAAUAUGGCAUUGAAGUUAUACAUAUAGUUAGUGGUAAAACCUUAUGUAAAUUAGUAUUAGAUGGUACAGAUUUCUAUACAGAUAGUAAUAGAUAUAUUGUAUAUUUAGAUUUAAAUGGUGAUGGUGUUUUAGACCAAGUUAGAUCUUAUGCUGGCAAUUUUAAAAAUAGUCAAUUAGGUCGUAAUAAAAAAAAUAAAAAUAUUGGUGAUGAUAAUAAUGAAGAUUCUUAUUGUGUUGGCUUGGCUUUAUCAGGUUUACCACCAAAAGAAACUUUAUUUGAUUUAAAAAUCUGUGGUGGUCAAAUAUUUAAUAUGGAUUAUUAUUUAUGGAAAGAUUCAAAUCUUAAUAAAAGAAAUACUGAACAUGAAGGUGUUGGUCUUGGUGAUGACACAGAGGGGGAGGAGGAAGAGGAAGAACAAGAUGCAGGUAUUUUAGAAGAAAAUAAAAUGAAACAAAAACAACAAAAACAACAAAAACCAAAAAAGAAAAAGAUGGCAGAUGAUAAGUUAUUAAAAAAUCAAAAAUCAUCAUCAACAAUGUCAAAGAGUGAAAAAGAGAUUCAAACUGUACCACCAGUAUUCUUUAGAUCAAGUAACAGUGAUAGAUUAUCAACAUUGUUUAUGGUUAAUACUGGUUUAAUUAGUUGUUUCGAUACUGCAUCUUUUGGUGGUAAAAAGAUUUGGAGAGUUGAUACUGGAAUUCAUUGGAGUAAACAUUUGGAACCAAGAACUUUCCCAUCAUUACAAGUAUUUUCAUUUGAUAUUCAAUCAACUCAACCAUUCAUUUUAGCAAUUGGUGAACAAUCAAUGGUAAUAUUAAAUGAAAAUGGUGAGAUUUUAGUUGAUCAACAAAUUUGGAAUGCUGGUGAAAGUGAUCCAAUCACAGCACCACCAGUCGUAGCAGAUUUUAAUAAUGAUGGUAUAAAUGAUUUCUUAAUCACUACUCUAAGUGGAUAUCAUAUUUUUGUAACUGAAAAAGGUACUUAUUCAACUUUAUUACCAAUGAUUGGUUUAGUUUUAAUUGGUAUGCUUUUAUUAUUAUUACUUUUAUCAGGUGAAACUGGUAAAAAAGUUUUAACUAAAAAAUUACAAAAUAAUUAUCAUUAUUUAAGAAAAUCAAAAAAAUCAACUGAUUAA